ACUUCCUGUUUCCUAGUAACAAUAGGAAGUGUCCGCGGAGCCGGGGGAGACCUCGGGCUCGUGCCAGCUGCACUCCCUUUCCUUUCCCCCUCCUUCCCCUUCCCUUUUCCCUUCCCACUUUCCCUUCUUCCCCUUCCUUGGCAUCCUGGCCCAAGCGCGCUUGCGCGUGGGUGCGAGACCCUUCCCCCCCCUCUCGGGGGGGGGAACUUGAACCGGCAUCGGGUGACUACUCUCCUCCCCCUCCCCCACCCCUCCCUAACUCGCAGAACUCUCCGGCGGUUGGGGGGUUGGGGGGAGGAGGAGGAGGAGGAGGAGUAGUGGUCUUCAUUGUGCGCACGCGCGACCGGCCAGCCAGCUUUCGUGAGACUCGAACCCCCCCCCCAAGUCCGUUGCCCUAUAGGAACGAACGCCACCUAAUUCUUGUCUUCUACGCCCUCUGACCUUCCUCCCCACCCCACCCCCUAUUAACUCUCAGUCCCUAGAGAAAAAGGACUUUGGGCCCCUCCCAGUCAACUGGUGAGCUCGAAGCUGGGAGCUCAGAGGGACCAGCGUCCUUUCCCCGCCCACAGGGAGGCGAGGUGUCUUCUUCCAAAGCUAGAGAGAUCCAGCGGUUGAGAUUGAUCUAAAGAGAAGAGCAGGACUGUGGGAUCCACUUGGGGCAGCCAGAAGAAAGGGCCUUUUGGAAGCAGAGGCAGGGCUGAAGUCAGAUCUUCAACUGGAGUGUGGUGAUUAGAGGUUCUGACUUGGAUCCCCAGCAGCCCUAAUAAGUCCCCUUUGCUACUCCUCCAAAGAAAGAAGAUGCUAUCACCACCUACCUGUGUUUCCUGAGCUCUCUGCAGCUUGCCUUGCCACCUCAUGGAGGAUACCCCUGCCUUGAUCAGCUGCCCUGAUUGUCAGCGUCAUUUCCCCAGCCUCCCAGAACUGGCACGUCACCGUGAGCUACUCCAUCGCUCACCUUCAGGCAGGAAUGGCGAUGAGGCUGAUGAGAUCCCGAGGCCAUACAGAUGUGUUCAGUGUGGUCGAGGUUAUCGUCAUGCAGGUAGUCUGGUCAAUCAUCGACGGACCCAUGAGAUUGGCCUCUUUCCCUGUACCACAUGCAACAAGGACUUCUCUAAUCCUAUGGCUCUCAAGAGUCACCUGAGGACUCAUGUCCCUGAGGGCCGAAAGAGGCGUCGACCUCCCCGCCACAAAGAGGCCACAUCAUAUACUCAGGGUCAGAUGACUACCACUGACAUUUGUCGGGGUAUGCCUGGUCCUGGGGAAAACUGGAACAACCAGGCAAAUCAUGGACAAAGUACACAUGUAUGGGAGGCUGAACCUGAGCCUAGGGAGGCCUCUGGUACCUGGGAAAAGCCACCUGGACACAAGGAUGGCUGGGAGAACAGGACAAAUUCUAAGGAGAGUACAGAGGGAUGGGGAAAUACAUCAGGUCCCACAGAGGCCCCUGCUCUUCCUGCUCCAACCAGUAGCCUUCUUAGCAAUUUGGAGCAGUACUUAGCAGAAUCUAUGGUGGAUUUUACAGGGAAUGAGAGACCACCUCAGUCCCCCCCUGCUGAGGAUGAACGUCGAUAUAAGUGUGGACAGUGUGGCAAAACCUAUAAGCAUGCUGGAAGCCUAACUAACCACCGUCAGAGCCAUGCUCUAGGUGUUUACCCCUGUGCUGUAUGCUUCAAGGAAUUUUCUAAUCUUAUGGCUCUAAAGAAUCAUUCUAGGUUACAUGCCCAGUAUAGACCUUACCAGUGUCCCCAAUGCCCACGAGCUUUCCGCCUUCCUAGUGAAUUGUUAGGACAUCAACAAGUCCAUGAAGGAGAAGGGAAGGAACUACCAUGGGAAGAGAAAGGAGAACCAUCUGCCAAUGGCCAUGAUAGAAGUCAGCUUCAUGGUACCAAGGAGCUUAAUGCCUCUGGAGAGUUCAGCACUUCUGGAGAGUUUGAUGCUGGAGAUCUUAAUGAGGGUGGAGUAGAAGAAUAUAGGCCUUUCCGUUGUGCUGAUUGUGGUCGUACUUACCGACAUGCUGGGAGCCUUAUCAAUCACCGGAAGAGUCAUGAGACUGGUGUUUAUCCUUGCCCAGUCUGUCCAAAGCAGCUAUUCAAUGCUGCAGCCCUUAAAAAUCACUUGCGGGCUCAUCUUAAAGCUCGUCGCAGUGGAGGGGAAGAGGAGCAGCAGCAGCAGCCACCACCUCCCACACCACUACCAUCCCUGAUGGCACUGCCACCAGAGGUUGAUCCAGAGGAAGAAGAGAAUCCUGCUACUCCAACUACUACUACAGACCACCGCCCCUAUAAAUGUAAUGAGUGUGGGCGGGCUUACCGUCAUCGUGGAAGCCUGGUAAACCACCGGCACAGCCAUCAGACUGGUGAAUAUCAGUGCUCACUUUGCCCUCGACAGUAUCCAAACCUCAUGGCCCUCCGAAAUCAUGUGAGGGUGCAUUUUAAGGCAGCACGACGCAAUGGAAGUCAAGGGAGAGAGGAACCACUAAGUCACGAUGGGGAAUGUAUCACACCUGGCCUAGAAAGGGAGGAUUCUACCCUUAGUCAUGAGGAGGAAUGCCCUGAAGAACAGCAAACAACCCAAGAGGAAGAAGAUCCUAGUGAAGAAGGGACAAUAGAUAGCCAUCCAGAAGUAGACAUGGCAGUGGCACAAAUAUGUGGUCUUUGUGGGAUGCUUUUUGAUGACAUAGAGAGUUUAAAACAGCAUGGUCAAACCCAUCAAGAAGGGGAAAAUAAUAGAGGAGAGUCAUCAGAGUCACCUCCAAGGGCCUAUUCCUGUAGAGACUGUGGGAAGACUUAUCGACACUCAGGAAGUCUCAUCAACCACAGACAGACCCAUCAGACAGGUGACUUUGGUUGUGGGACCUGUGCCAAGCAUUUCCAUACUGUGGCAGCCAUGAAGAGCCACUUGCGACGCCAUAGCCGGAGAAGGAGCAAGAGGCAUCAGCUUCGGACUUCGGGGAGUUCUGGUGGAAGUGACAGCAAAGUAGUAGUAACAAAUAGAAAUGAAUCCUCCCCAGAAGGCUACCAAGAAAAGAAUUUAAUUGUGAAAGAGGAAGAAAAAGAGAAAACUGACUUUCACAAAGAUUUGAAAGUGAAUGGAAUUAAUAUGGCCAAUGAUAAGUUGGAAAACAAUGAGAACUGUUUUCAGAAUAAUAUUAAAAAAGAUAACUGUAAGCUAGAAAGAAAUGACUGUUCCCCGAGUAAUGAAGAGGACAAAAUCAAUGAAAAAAGACUGGCAGGGAAAGAGUCCUCUUUCCUUGGGAAUCUGAUAACAGGCAAUAAGGGAGGCAGUGGGGAUACUCCAGCUUUGGUAGAAGGAGUACAUAAACAAGAGAGUGUGUAUGAUGCUAUUUCCCAUGGCCCUGAGACUCUCAAUGGUUGGCGGACCUCUGGCCACCACACUUGUCAUGAUUGUGGGCGAUCUUUCCACCAUACAGCUGGCUUACUAAAUCAUAGACCUUGCCACCCACCAGGCAUCUACCAGUGCUCACUCUGCCCUAAGGAAUUUGACUCACUCCCUGCUCUACGAAGCCAUUUUCAAAACCAUGGGCCAGGAGAGGCCACAUCAGGCCAACCUUUUCUUUGUUGUCUCUGUGGGAUGAUCUUUCCUGGCCGAGCAGAUUAUAGACAACAUAGAAGUCAGGUCCACGAUUCCCCUGGUGAAAACCAGGGUUCUUCAGAAGAUGAAGAGGAAGAGGCAUUGGCCUCUAACUCCACUCCCUUGCAGCUCUCAGAAGCAGAGCUAUUAAACCAACUACAGAGGGAGGUAGAGGGAUUGGACGGGGCUGGCUAUGGGCAUAUCUGUGCCUGCUGUGGCCAGACAUAUGAUGACCUAGGAAGUCUGGAGCGCCACCAUCAAAGUCUAGGGAGCAUUUCAGUAGAUGGAAUAGAUACGAUUCCUACAGACAUGGAAGAGAAGGAAGGGAUCUCAGAGACAACUUUGGGUGAUAAUUUUGAGAGCACUGUGACCUCUAUCUCCCAAGAUGACACAAGCACUAUUUCUGAGGCAUGUUUGGACACUAUGUCCAAAGAUGGUAUGGAAGUUGUGGGCAAUGUAGACACAACCUCUGAAUUAGGGAUAGAAGGCAGCAGUGUUGAAGCUGUUCCUGAAUCCCUCUCUCCUGCCCAGCCUCGUCCCUUUCAAUGCAAUCAGUGUGGUAAGACCUACCGACAUGGUGGGAGUCUGGUAAACCACCGUAAGACUCACCAGACAGGAGAUUUUGCCUGUCCCAUCUGUGCCCGAAGAUAUCCCAAUUUGGCUGCCUACCGAAAUCACUUGCGUAAUCAUCCCCGUUGCAAAGGGGCAGAACCCCAAUUAGGAGUCAUCCCUGUGGUAGAAAGCAAGGAACCAGAGAAGGCAGCAGAGAUAGGGCCACUGCAGAUAUCAUCAGAAGAAUUGCAAAAAGAGCUUAAAGAGAAUGCAGUAGAAGAGAGAGCCAUUAAGAAAGAGCCAGAGGAACCCUCUGUGAAGCAGGAAGAUGUGCCACCAAAAGACGAUGGCAUAGAAGAGGGGAAUUCAGAGGAGGCCAGUAUGGAUCGUCCCUUUGGCUGUGAAUUGUGUGGUCGGACAUAUAAGCAUGCUGGUAGCCUCAUCAACCAUCGACAGAGUCAUCAAACAGGACAUUUUGGCUGCCAGGCCUGCUCCAAGGGUUUCUCUAACCUCAUGGCUCUCAAGAACCACAGGCGUAUCCAUGCUGAACCUCGUCGGUUCCAUUGUGGAGAAUGUGGCAAAGCCUUUCGGUUGCGGAAACAGCUAGCCAACCAUCAACGUGUUCAUGGGGAGCGACGAAAUGGCAAUUCUGGAGGAUCUCGUAAACUGCUGUCAACAUCCCCCUCGCUGACAAGAGAUGAACGACCUUUCCAUUGUGGGCAGUGCGGGAGGACUUACCGGCAUGCAGGAAGCCUCCUGAACCAUCGUCGGAGCCACGAGAUAGGGCAGUACAGCUGUCCAACCUGCCCUAAAACCUAUUCAAACCGCAUGGCACUAAAGAACCAUCAGCGCCUACACUCAGAAAGUCGGAGGCGACGGGCAGGAAGGGUAAGGCGUGGGGGUGGACCUCGGGUAGCUGUGCGCUGUGCCCUUUGUGGCCACAGUUUGCCUAGAAGGGGAUCUCUGGAGAGACAUCUUAGGGAGCAUGAGGAGACCAGUAAGAAGGAGCUAGAUGUAAUUAAAGUACUUAGCCAAACAACUGUCAAAGAUGAGAGUCAGGUAGAUAUCCAUGAACCAGAAGAAAGAUCAUGUGAGUAUGAACUUGGAGCUCAGGUCGAUAACCAAACUAAGGGCACACAAGAAUUAGGUCAGGAUCCCAGUGGGUUAUCAGGAAGUCCAGAAGGCAGUGGAGAGUCAUUGUCCUGGACCCAGGGGAAAACAGAUGGGUGGCAUAUUAAUGAGACACCAGUGAGUAUAUCAGGUAGCCAAAAACACACCAGACCAGGUGACUAUGGGCUUGGGAAUACAUGCAGUCAAGAAGAUAGUCAACUUAAAGCCCCAGAGCCAAGUACCUUAGAAGGCUGGGAUAGUGGGCAGACACAGGACCAAGAUAACAGUUCUCAAUCCCAGCUAGAACUCCGUCCUUUUUGCUGUGGACAGUGUGGCAAGACCUACAGGCAUGCAGGCAGUCUUCUGAACCACCGCAAUACCCACAAAACAGGCCAUUACCACUGUCAACUCUGUUCUAAGGAAUUUUCAAAUCCCAUGGCUGCCAAAAACCAUGGCCGCAUUCACACAGCUACCCGUCGCUUCAUGUGCCCUCACUGUGGAAAAGCUUUCCGUGCCUCUCGUGAGCUGACUAGCCACCAGAGAGGCCAUGCUAUGGAUCAAGGCCAGGCACCCCCUCAGGUGGAGGAAGCUGAUGGACAAAAGGUUGAGACUAAAAGGGAUAUGGAAGAUAAGUGUGUAUCAGGGCAAGGAGAGACCCAAAGAGCCUCUGAAGAAAUAUCAGAGUCUGAGACAGCUAUGAAGGAGGCAAAAGAAGUGGGGUUAAAACAAGCCACGGAAGAAGAACGUCCUUUCUGUUGCACCCAAUGUGGGCGUUCUUACCGUCAUGCUGGCAGCCUGCUAAACCACCAAAAAGCCCAUGCCACAGGUCUUUAUCCUUGCUCCCUCUGCCCCAAGCUACUGCCUAACCUAUUGGCCCUCAAAAAUCAUGGAAGGACACACACAGACCCUAAGCGCCAUCGCUGUGGAAUCUGUGGCAAAGCCUUUCGGACAGCAGCCCGGCUAGAAGGCCAUGGGAGGGUCCAUGCACCUCGGGAGGGACCCUUCUCUUGCCCACAUUGCCCUCGCCGCUUUCGUCGCCAAAUCAGCUUCUUGCAGCACCAGCAACAACAUAAAGAGGAGUGGACGAUGACUAGUACUGGUAUGAGAGCAUGAGUGGAUGGGUGGAAGGGAGGUAGUCUUAUGAGGUACAAUGAAAGGUCUUGGGAGGCAAACCCAAGGUGGGAUGAAACUUUGAAAGCUAGAGCCCUAAAGUGGGGGAAAUAGCAAAAACUAAAGGGGAUCAGCACAUUUAGAUUAUGAGUAUUAGUUAAAGAUUUCAGAUUCCUCGGCAUAAAAAAAGAAAGAGGAUCUCUGAAAUCCUUGCAUUCUGGAGGUACAGAGAAAUUGAGUAGGGGAAGAAUCUAAUUAUCUGAGUUCUGGUAAAAUAAUGGGCAAAUAACUCAGUUCUGGAAAACAAUGGUAAAACCCAGUUUGGUGGAAGGCUUGGGACAGGAUAGAUAAAAGGACCUAUAAAAGGGGUGAAGGUAGUUUUAGAGAACCCCUUGAGCUCAAAGAAGAGGCAAAUCAGAGUGGCCCAAAUAAGGGCACAGAAAUUGACUUAUCUGUUCCUUUGCUAUUGGGAAUUUCCUCCCCUUUUGGAAGUUAGCUAGCCCAUCAGUUAGCCAAAUCUGGAAUCUCUUCUUACUCAUCAAGAAGAUAUAUCAAAUCAAUGUGUGUACCUUUUUUCUUUGGAAAAUCCCCUUUCCAAGAACAGGUAGCAAGUAAUGUAUGCAGGGGCAUCCAUUUCCCACUGUUUAGACAGCAAGGGUUUAUCACUGAUUGUUCUUGUGUCACAUAUAUUGCACUUAUGUUUCUCCCCUCACAUUUAUACCUAACUUCCUUCCUGAAGCCUAGGAGAACCUAGCCUCCCACUCUUACACACCGUUUUAAGCCCUCUACUUCACAGCCCUUGGCUGUUUUGCCAUAUGCACCCUCAAUUCCUACCAUUUAGGCAACUUGUUAAUUUGUUCCUUUUCCUUAGACCUACCAGUUCUCCUAAAAUAUAGAUAUCCUUUUCCCUUGAAAUCUCAAUCAGAUGGUUUUAUUUUUUUCUCCCAGGCUCAAUUCUUUCUGUCUCAGUCAUCCUCCCCCUUCCCUCUCAAAACCAAGCUUGCCUCUUGCUCCAGGGGUGAGUCACUGUUAAUUGUUUCUUUGAAGCUGGCCCUGGCUGAAGCAAUAACAAUAAUUAGCCCCCAUUUUGCAUCUUCUAUCAAAGGGGGGGAUCAAAAGUAUAAAGUAACCUCCACCCACUAGGACUUAAAGGGUGAACCUUUUCCAUUUGUCAGAAAGAAAACUGAAUCUGGACUGGAACCUACCUAUACACUCUGGCUCUAAAAUGAGCCUUCUCUUCUUAUGCCAGAGGGGAAACUGAGGUAGUCAGGCAGUUCUUCCAGCUUAUUCCCAAAAGAUCUAGUUCUCUUCCAACUCUGUAAAAUGUCACUUGGAAAUUGGAGAAACAUGAGAUUCUUAAAGGGGAAAGUGACAGAAAAGAAAAGAUGGAGACAGAAAGAUAUUUUCAAGGACAAGAGCCUUUUUUGACCUUAAGAAAAUUAGGACAUAGUAUCUGAGUCUUAGAAAAUAAGUGAAAGUAAAGCUUCUCGGUUCACAAUAGAAACUAACAUUUGGCUGAGAUUUAGGAUACUUGAGGAUUUAAAGUUCUGUUUAAUUUCAUAAAUAUAUUUACUCAGCUAGGAACCUGAUGUUUUUGUCCCUUUCUCCCCUCAGGAGAUACACAGUCACCUACAGCAAGAGAUGUGGAUCUCUCCUCUCCUCUCCAUCCACCCCCAUGACUAGUCCUAGACCCUUCACUCCAGUGGCCUCCAGACCUCGGCUUCUCCCUCUGAAUUGUUUCUCCCAAAGACUGGGACAUCGGGGUUCUUAUUUCUGCUUUUUAACUCAGGAGAGUUUGGAUUUGAUCUCUUCUGUCAUCCUCUUGGAAAGGACUCAAGAGAGUUGGCAGGAUAGAACAAUAGAACGGUUAGAGAUGCUUUCUUCCUGCCCCUUCCAAUGAAAGAUUCAGAAUCAAGGAAAAUCCCAACCCUGGAGAAGA